GGUACACUGGCGGUAAGCAGUCCGUAGUCGUCUUCAGUCUGUUACACAUCUUUUUUGUUUAGAAAAGAUACAAAAUUAUUCAAAGUAUCGUGAAUCAACCUUUCGUAGGAACAAUUGUGUUGGAGGGUGAAACAGUUCUUGGCAUAAUAGUGAAGUGCAUUUAACUGUUGAUGAAGACACCUUGCUGGUUUCCCUAGGAACGUGCCUUCACCCCUUGAUUAGGGUGCCACACGCCGCGACUUGUGUUCCUAAGCUGGGGUGUGUCCCUUUUGACGAUAUACACUUUCUUACAUGCUUCAGUUCAUUUCUGUAUUCUUCUUUUCGUUGAUCAUCUUAUAGAAUUUCACUGAAGUGUGUCUUGGAGGAAGUUAACUGGUGGAUCUCAGUGUAUUUUUAGCUAAAAAAUUGUUUGCAAAGUGAAAAUUAUUUUGGAUCAAUGAAGAAGUGUCGAAAGUGAAACAAAUAACAAAUAUACAGUAGUGCUCUAUAAGGCAAUCAAUAUCUGCUUUGCCUAUGAAACUAGAUUAUGAAUUUAUCAAAAAAAUUUCCAUUCGAAUCCAGUGAUCUUGUCAUUAUACGUAAAUAAAGGAUAUCUGGAAAUUUUGGAAUAAAUCAAUUUUGUGCUAAUUUUUGCCAAAAUUCGAAUUCGCAACCAAACUUUGGAUCAAGCCACCGAAGAUGAUAUUUGAAAGGCCCAAGAAAACUUAAUUUAAUUCGGAAGGAUAAAGUUGCUAACGUGCCAAAGAAAAAUAAUGCUUGAUAGAUCCAAAAGUUUUGAGCUGGGCAAAUACAAAACAGUUCGACUCAAACCUGGAAGUUUAAACUGUUUUCUUCAUAUUUUGCUCAUCAUAAUUGUAUCAACUACAUCAGUCACCUGCAAUCGGCCACCACGAUUCCUUAUUGAUGGUCAAUCUGAAAUUGUUUUGAGAUUGAGGGAGUCACCAGAGGCACCAGUAGGCAAAAUAAUCUACAAAUUGAAAGGCUUUGAUCCGGAUAAUGAUCUUCUAACAUUUGGAGUUCAAAAAUCUGUUGAUUCGGAUAUAAUUCGAAUUGCAAACGCGGGAAAUAACGAAGCUGAUAUUUACUUGGCGAAGGAGCUCGAUCGAGAGCUUAGAGACGAAUAUACGUUGGUCCUCACACUCACCGACAAUAAUUUCAUAGUUACGCAAAGCUUCCUCCUUUUAGUCGAAGAUAUCAACGAUAAUGAACCCAUUUUUAAGCCAUAUAACUCAUCAAUCGAGAUCCCUGAAAACAGUCCACCAGGAGUAAUAAGUACAUUGGAAGCCACAGAUCGCGAUGAAGGAGCUUACGGGCAAGUCGUCUACUAUCUACAGGAUUUGGAUGAUGGUGAUGAAGCUGAAACAUUUUCCGUAUCGACAUAUCAAGGAAAAGGAGUUAUUCGAUUAACUGGACCGUUAGAUUAUGAAAGGAAGAAUCUAUAUCAGCUUCGUGUUUUGGCAGUGGAUCGAGCAAACCAGGGACCAAUUAAUACGGGCACAGCUGCUAUUCUAGUCAAAGUCAAAGACAUCGAAGACCAACCUCCUGAAUUUGUUCAAGUUCAGCCAGUUACUCGCAUAACAGAGGGAGCCAGUCCAGGAGCAGAAGUUCUCCGCGUGCGUGCAAUUGACGGCGAUCGAGGGGUUAAUAAUAAAAUUAAGUAUUCGAUGGAGAGCAAUGGAAAUGAUUUGUUCGCCAUCGAUGAAGACACUGGAGCGAUUUAUACAACGAAAACCCUGGACCGAGAGGAUACUAGCAAUCAAAUUAAUGGGGCAUACAUACUAACCAUCCUCGCCGUUGAAGUAACAAAUACGAAGCCUGUAUCAUAUGCAAAAACCGAGGUGACAAUCAUUGUCACUGAUAUCAACGACGAGACGCCGACCUUUCGGGAGCCCUUCUAUCGAUGUGAAGUCAACGAAAAUGCUCAGAUAAAUACACCACUUACUUUCCUAGGACAAUUGCGAAAUGAAGUAUUUGAUUACGAUGUGGGCAACAAUGGAACCUUUGAAUUAUUUCUGGAACCUGAGAACGAUAUAUUCGAAAUCACCCCCAAACGGGCGGUGAAUGAAGCCAACUUUUUAAUUCGUGUUAAGAACCCCAAAAUGCUAGAUUUUGAAUAUAUUUCAGAAAUGAAUUUGACGAUAAUUGCAAAGGAAAUUACACAACCUGCUAAAUGGAGUCUCGCAAAAGUUCAAAUCCUGAUACGUGAUCAGAAUGAUAAUAUUCCUGAAUUCGUACAAUCUUUGUAUGAGGUCUACAUUCCUGAAAACUCCGAAGUUGGGACAACUGUAGUACGUGUGCAAGCUACGGAUGCUGAUUCAAGAAACUACGGAACAGCUGGAAUUCGUUAUACUAACAUCACGGGAAGUGUGGCACAUCUGCUCGUUUUAGACCCUAUCACUGGCAUCGUUACUGUGAAAUCCUCUACUAACAAUGCGUUUGAUCGUGAGUUAAUUUCUCGUCACUAUUUCACGAUUGAGGCUCGAGACAAUCUAGGCGAAGGAAAUCGUAACACUGUGCAGGUUAUCGUGAACAUUGACGAUAUCAAUGAUAAUCCACCACAAUUCCUCCAGAACCAAUAUGAGGCUAAACUACUGGAAAACAAAGUCAAUUUCGAAAAUCCCUUGAGAGUCGAAGCACGUGACAUCGACCUAAACGGAACGAAGAAUAGCGAAAUUACUUAUGAAAUAGUCGAAGGACAUUUACGGAGAAACUUCACUAUCGACCCAAAAACAGGCGUAAUUUUACCAAAGUUACCAAUUGAUUUUGAAGAGUUACCAGCAGGAUCAGGCAAUGUGAAAUUGAUAGAACUUGUUGUUCGUGCUAAGGACUCUGGUAUUCCAUCAUUUUCAUCGCGGACUCGAGUUUUAAUUUACGUGCAAGAUGUCAACGACAACAUCCCAGUUUUUCAAAAACCGUUUUAUGGGAAAAUGGUUCCCGAAGAUUUACCCGGAGGAAGUGAAGUUCUCGAGGUCAAAGCAUUUGACAGCGAUGGGUCAGCACCAAACAAUGUGCUUGUGUACAGAAUAAAGAGUGGUGCAAGCGAUAAAUUUGUCAUCAGCCCUGAUAGUGGCGUGAUCUACGUUGCACAAGGCGCUUCUUUGGAUCCAGAUCUGACUACUCCAAAAACUACGUCCUAUUCAUUGAUUGUGAUGGCACUUGAUAGCGGUCUCGGAGACAGUCAACUUAUGGCCAUAACUGCUGUCAAUAUUACCAUUAAAGAUGUGAACAACAAACCACCCGUUUUUCGCAACAUCGAAACGCUCCACAUCAAGGAAAACACUGCCGUAGGUACCGAAGUUUAUCGCCUCAUCGCCACAGAUCCCGAUGAGACGGCGGUCCUUCGAUUCCAUUUCGACCCCAAAAAGUCCGAGGCAACAACUGAAGAGGGAGCUUUCGUUAAGCCGAUGGAAUAUGAUUUUAUCAGUUGUUUUGAAUUAAGUCCUUUGGAUGGAAUUAUCAAGGUCGUGAAACUCUUGGAUCGAGAAAGAGUCGAGCAAAUAAAACUGAAAGUCGUUGUUCAGGACUUAGGAACAGUGAAAGGGCCAAGGGCUGCUACAUCUGCUCUAACGAUAGUCAUCGAAGACGAAAAUGACAAUAAUCCCAAGUUUAAGAUGCCAUUCUAUCGGAAAACGAUACCGGAAAAUAGCAUGAACGGAGUCACAAUAGUGAAUGUUGUGGCUUUCGAUGUAGAUAAAAAUAAGACGAUUACCUAUUCACUUGAAGGUAAUCCGAAAAUAUUGGAACUCAUUCACCUGGACGUUGAAUCGGGCGAAAUUGUUGUUGCGAAUAAAAUCGACCACGAAACAUAUCAAUGGCUGAAUUUUUCUGUGAAAGCAACAGACAGUGGAUUUCCGCCCAGAUCAUCCCUGGUUGAUGUAUUCAUAUCAGUGCUGGAUGAAAAUGAUAAUAAUCCUUACUUUCUGACCACCACGAAAAACUUUACAGUAAGUGAGAACGCUGCUCUCGGAACUAGGGUCGGGACCAUACAAGCUGGCGAUGCAGAUUCUGGAGACUUUGGGAAAAUUACAUUUCUGAUGGACCGUAUUAGCUCGCGGGGUAAAUUUUCAAUCGAUGCAGACACUGGCGUAUUAACUGUGUCCGACAAAUUGGAUAGAGAAACGAAAGAUUUUUAUAUGCUCGUUAUCGAAGCUUGGGAUAACUAUCAGUUCGGUUAUCUUGCUGGGGAAAGUCGCAAUGCAUUCAAGCAGAUAUUUGUCAAUAUCCUCGAUGAAAACGAUUCGCCACCGGUCCUUAUUAUGCCACAGGACUGUAUCCAGAUAACCGAAUACCACGAGGCUAAAGACAUAAUAGUAACUAUUAAAGCCACUGACAACGACGACCCCAACCUACCGAAUGGACGAAUUGAAUUCUCUAUAACGAAUGGAAAUGAACACGGACUUUUUCAACUAACUCAGGUUGACUACUGGACUGCUCAUUUGUAUUCCGAUGGGUCGUUGAAGGGUAAGUACGGUAACUAUACGAUGACGAUUCAGGCGAGAGAUUUGGGAAGCCCCACGAAUAUUGUGCGGAAACCACUGGAAGUUUGCAUUUCGGAUUUCAAUGAUCAUCCGCCGGUGUUCAUUUCACCUUCGCAUAAUGUGACUGUACGAGUUCCAGAGAAUGCUACGGUUGGAAGCCUAAUUAUACAGGUAUAUGCUACUGAUGAGGACAUUGGAGCUAAUGCCGCCAUAAGAUAUCGACUUAAGCCUGAUUUUCUGGGCAAUUACAGAACUUUUGAGAUUGAUGAAAAUAACGGAAAGAUAUUUUUAAAGGAGCCACUGGAUAGAGAGCGCCAGAAGAUAUAUGAGAUUCGAGUUGAAGCAUUUGACCAAGGAAUACCCACAAGUUUGAGUUCGGACUUGGAUUUAACCAUUUAUGUGCGGAAUGUUAAUGAUUAUGAGCCGCAGUUUUUAGUAGAUGACAUCUCAGUGAAUUUUACAGAACACUCUGAGCCUGGCCAGGAAAAAGUCAAACUACCAGAUACCAUAGACCGGGAUGAAGUCGACGAAUUGGAUGAUCCGCCCACUACCGUCUGUUAUUUCAUCAUAUACGGAAACGAGGAUGAAAUUUUUCAUCUUGACAGCGAAACUCACAUUCUCACCAUUCAAAAGGAAUUGGACCGCGAAAUCAAACCAAAUUACACACUUUUUGUUCGUGCCACUGAAAAUUGUUCAGUUCCACCGAAACCCAUUGCCGUGGAGAAUGAAUCAGAUAGAAUGCGAGAAAUUAAAGUGAAUACAUUAUCCUUUACCAGACGGACGAAUGCUACACGGGAAAAUGCUUUUGACCGAUUUAAGUAUUCACGAAAUUUGAGGAGUGCCAGGGAUACGGCGGCUGUAUCAUCGUCAUUGGUUUCAUCGCCAGCAAUAGAUGAGGCGAUGUUAAUGCAGGACAGUACAGUUGUUCGGGUGACUGUGUAUGUCCAGGAUAUUAACGAUAAUCCUCCAAAAUUUAUAUCAAGGAUCUUUACUGGAGGAAUUACGACCAAUGCAAAUUUCGGAACAAAAUUUAUGGAAGUCCAGGCCAUUGAUCCUGAUGACGGACCGAACGCAAACGUAUCCUAUUAUCAAAUUGGUGAAAUUCGACAAACUCUAUCCGAAGGCUUGGAAAACAUACAGAAGGCACCGUUUUUAGUGGAAAAGUUUUCGGGAGCAAUUCGUCUAAACUUUGACCCGCAAAAGGGUAUGAAAGGUUAUUUCGACUUUAUGAUCCUGGCUAAUGAUACCGAUGGCCAACAGGACACAGCACAUGUUUUCAUAUAUCUUCUGCGUGAAGAUCAAAAAGUUCGGUUUGUUUUCCGGCAACAACCAGCAGAACUUCGCGAAAGGAUUCACUUCUUCCGAGACACUCUUGGGAACGUCACAGACGCUAUUGUUAACAUUGAUGAAUUCAAGGUGCAUGAAAACAAGGACGGCUCAGUAGACAAGACCAAAACCGACCUCUACCUGCAUUUAGUGGAUCGAAAGGAUAACUCAAUUUUCGAAGUUGCUGAUGUCCUAAAGCUGAUCGAUCAACACAUUGAAAAAUUGGAUGACCUCUUUAAAGAGUUCAACGUACUAGAUACCCAACCAGCUGAAGCGGAGAUGCUAAUUGGCUCAUUUGAGAAAGGUUCAAUGUUUGUUUGGUUGAUUUUUUCAAACGUCUUCAUUGCAACCUUACUCGUUGUAACAUUGAGCAUCUGCGUUUCACAACGAUCGAAAUUUCGCAGGCAGUUGCGAGCUGCUAAAGUUAAUAUUUUUGCACAACCAAAUACAGAGGCCAUAGUACGUGACCCAAUAACCAGAGUGCCAAAUACGAACAAGCAUAGUGUUGAAGGAUCGAACCCCAUUUGGCUGAGCGCCUACGAGAACGAAUGGUUCAAGAAUGAUGAUGAAAUAAGCAAUAAAGGGCCUGAUUCUCUAGAUGAGAAUGUUAUUACCAAAAACACAGAUGCAGAUUUUAAAACUGCGCGUCUUUUUGAUCAAAAACAAAACGAUUUGAAUCGGUACUUCAACGUUUAUCACCAAAUCGAUAAAUUAACAAAUAAUGCUCAGAUGUUGGCAAAAAAACUUGAAACAACGGAAUUAUAG